AUGUUCGUUCUCGAGCUGCGCGAGCGCAAACGCGGCACGAUCGUUCGAAUAAUCGUUCGCGAAGACAAUUAUAAUUAUCCUUUACAAGGUCAUGGAGCUCGUAACGCCGAGUCCGUUCAUGAGCCAGGUCAUCGUGUAACUGUUCCGCUACACGGUUCAGUUCCUGAACAUCAAGCUGAUCCGACGCUCGAGCCGGACCAGGUGUUCCCGCCUCCACCACAUCCUUUGGUGUACUCAAGCGGUGGUCAACGCUUCCUAGUGGAGCGUAUUUUGAACCACCGCGAUGUGAAUAGAGUCCGGACGAGUUAUCCCGUCCUCUGGCGUGGCUAUCCACCGGCCUGGGACAGCUGA